UUGAAAAAAAUAAUACGAAGAAACAAAACGUAUAUGCCAAUAACAAAUUUCUUGGUUUACAUUUAAAGCCAUUUACAUGUUUGUCCUUGAUCCAAUUUGAAUUAAGUGUACAGACGAUAUCUUGCACAUUUACCUGACGAAGAAGAUAAUAUUUUGUCAUGUUAUUGAGGAAGUGAAAUAUAGUAGGUUUUUCAUUUAGGAAGCCAUUUUAAAACCUAUAUUCGAUAUGGCGACAUCCAUUUGUAAAGCACAAAUACCACUUUCAUGUCAACUGUGCAACCUUCGGAUAGCAAUACAAUGGAAAUGUACCGAAUGUGAAUUAUUGAUGUGUGACAAUUGCAAAAACAACGUUCACUCUCGGAUUAAGACUGCAGAAAAACAUAACAUUAUCACUAUCCUGGAGAUAGGUAAGGAUCUAUCAGAGCGUCUUAAGGCUCUUCAGAUUUCCGAGGUAUUUUCUUCCGUUUUUAAUGCAUAUACCACUGAAUUGCCGGGAAUCCACAAAUUGAUUUGCUGCGCUGAUGAUAUAAUUUAUUUUCUGAAUAGUAUAAGCUGGGAGGAGUGUAGUAUUUUGAAAGCUAAAUUGUUAAAGGCUUCCAUGAAAAUAUUUAAAAAAAUGGACAUUCAAUGUGUCGAUUUUGCUAUCAGUUUUAAUGAAGAAAUACUAUUUGCUCCGCUACCCGGAUCCAAACUUAUUGCGGUGACAACGACUACAAUGGAAACGAAGACUGUAUUGGAUGUUUCCCCAAACAAAAUCCUGGCAAUUUACAUGAGUAAACAUAAUGAACUUCUAAUUGGUCUUCGAGACAAUGGCAAAAAGUUCCCUGUAACUGAUUCAAGUACAAGACAAGUUGCUAUUUUCGGGACUGAUUAUAAACAUAGAUCAACAUUUGAGCGUGAUGGUACCGGGAAAAGGUUAUUCAAUUAUGCGAGAAGAAUCACAACCGACUCGGCUAAUAAUAUUUACGUAAUUGACUGGAUUAAUGAUGAUGAUGAUGAACACAUAGGAAGAGUAGUGAGCAUAAACAGAAAUGGCAGUAACAGAUUUGUCUACAACGGAUGCGCUUCUUUCAAUACACACGAAGCAGCCUUUAAUCCUGAGGAUAUUGCAGUUUCAUCGAGGGAUACAACAAUAAUAUCGGACUGUGAUAAUCAUGCUUUACAUGUUCUUAGUGCAAAUGGAGAAUUAAUAGGACUACAAAUCACAAAAAACUUUGAUAUUUUAUAUCCAUGCAGCUUAUGUAUAGACAAUGAAGGAUUUCUGUUGAUUGGAUCCAACGUAAAUAAAAACGCGAAGAUAUAUGUUGUGAAAUUAUGACCGUAAAACUAUAGCAAAUAUCAUUUAUGUUGAUAUGUCCACUUAUUUUUCAAAAACAACAAAAAAUUGAGAAUUAACCUGCUGAUUUGCUUUGUUUUUAUUUUAUGUUAUAAUGAAAAGACAUCGGAUAGAUGUACAAAUCUAAAGUACAUGUAUAGAGUAUAGAAAAAUAAAAUUAUGAAAAUAAGGGGAUGUGGUACAAUUGAAGGCAAACGUACGGCCUUAAACAAUGAGAAAUACCCAUACCAAAUUUUUAGGCAAUACAAAAUAUUUUUAUAACACUAAACAAGAGGCUAAUUUGUUUAAUUUACAGUGUGAAAAUGAGAAAUAUGUUUCUUUAAAUCGAAAAAAUAAUUAGAAAGACCUGAUUUUGACACACUUUGAUUCUCUAAAUAAAUGAACAUAUGCAGAAAUUAUGUACUGUUACCAGUGUUGAUUUUUUAUUGUUAAAAACUUCUAUCGAUUUUUCAUACGUUUUCCCGAACUUUUUUGAGUGAUAGUUUUAUUAUACAUGUUAUACUUUGAAGUUCGUUUCUUUCCCCCGUCAUUUUUUGGUUCCUUAAUUGUUAGACAAAACGUCAUCAAACGCAUUUAAAAGUAUCAUAAACUACACCGAAUCACAAUGUAAGUUUAUAAUGGUCCCACGUAACGUGUUGCGAGGGACAUGGAAAUACCGGGCGUCCGUCCGUCCGUCCGUCCGGUCUUGUUAGCGCUCUCACGUGUACAAUUCUUGCCAGAUUUUUAUGAAACUUAGGUUUAUAUCAGCAAUGUCUUGGACGAGUUCUAAAAUCAGUGCCGAUCAAUUAUUUUUAAAAGAUUUAUGCCCCUUGGACACAUUAAUUAUAUGGAAAAUUGCAUCGUUAGCGCUCUCAUGUGUACAAUUCUUGCCAGAAUUUUAUGAAACUUAUAUCAUAGGUUUAUAUCAGUAAUGUCUUGGAUGAGUUCGAAAAUCAGUGCCGAUCAAGUAUUUUUAAAAGAGAAAUGCCCUUGGAAACAUUAAUUAUAUGACAAAUUGCAUCGUUAGCGCUCUCGUGUGUACAAUUCUUGCCAGAAUUUUAUGAAAUUUAUAUCAUAGGUUUAUUUUAGCAAUGUCUUUUAUGAAUUCGAAAAUCGCAUUGCAUUUGCUCUGAAGCCUUCAUUUCUCUAAGAUAUAAUAUAUGAAUUGUUUAACAGAACAAAAAAAAAGUUCUUUUUUAAGUUAUUGCCCUUGGACAGAUAAAAUAUGUGCAACGCGGAGGACAUUGGAACUCUGUUCUGUUAUUCAUUGUUUUUAUUGAAAGUAUCACGAUAGUUGCUUUGUGUUCACAUUAAGAUAGGUUAUUUGUAUUUUGAUAUUAAACAAACGUGAAAUAUGAUUAUCGUUAAUUAUGUCAGUGUUAUUACAAAAUGAAUGGGAAGCCAUGUGUGCUAUAAUUUUUGAAUAAUUUGAUUGAAAAUUCAUUUUGAUACAAAUAUUUGAGCUGUUAAUUUUAUGAUUUUUGCAGUCAUGAUUAUGAUGUGUUAUAUAGCUAAGGUUUAUUGUUUUUUGUUUUUUGUAGCUUUUUACCAAUAUCACAGCGCACAUACAGAAUUCAUUGUGUUCCAUGAUUUUCGGAAUAAAUGAUUAAACCUG